AUGUUAGCAUCUUCGAGAGUUUUGAGUAGAUUAGGUAGAACUGUUGCUGCACAGACUACUACAACUAGAUCUUUGCUAUUGUCAUUAAGAACAUAUGCAACAUCUUAUCCACCACACCAUGUUAUCGGUAUGCCAGCUUUAUCUCCAACUAUGACUAAGGGAAAUUUGGCAGCUUGGUCCAAAAAAGAGGGCGAUAAAUUGGAACCAGGUGAAGUUUUAGCAGAAGUUGAAACCGAUAAGGCUCAAAUGGAUUUUGAAUUUCAAGAGGAUGGGUAUUUAGCAAAGAUUUUAGUUCCGGCUGGUACUAAGAAUAUCGCCGUUAAUACUCCAAUUGCGGUUUAUGUCGAUUCUGAAAGUGAUGUCCCCGCUUUUAAGGACUUCAAAUUAGAUGGUAAGUCUGGCAAAUCUAGCACCCAGGGGGGGAAAGAAAAAGAAAAAGAAAAUAACAGCAGUUCUUCCACUAAACCUUCUUCUGCAGAAUCUUCUCCUGCUACUUCCUCUGGCACCAAGGCUGAUCCAACUCGUAUUUUUGCUUCUCCCUUGGCCAAAACUAUUGCUUUGGAACAUGGUAUAGCCUUAAAAGAUUUAAAGGGUACUGGACCAAAUGGCCGUAUUGUAAAAGCUGAUGUUGAAGCAUACUUGAAAGCAGGUAAAAAACCAGCUACUAGUGUAAGUGCUUCCGCUCCUGCUGCCCCUAUUCCUGCCUCUGCUACUUAUACUGAUAUUCCAAUUUCCACAAUGAGAGAAAUUAUUGGUAAUAGAUUAUUGCAAUCUACUCAAAGUAUUCCAUCCUAUAUUGUGUCUUCUGAUAUUUCAGUCGGCAAAUUAUUGAAGUUGAGAAAAUCAUUAAAUACAGAUGCAAAAGAGUUUAAGUUGUCCAUCAAUGAUAUUUUAAUUAAGGCAGUUAGUGUUGCCGCUAAGAAGGUGCCAGAUUCUAACGCCUAUUGGUUGGAAGAACAAGGUGUCAUUAGACAAUUCCAUAAUGUGGAUGUUUCUGUAGCAGUUGCCACACCAACAGGAUUAAUCACACCCAUUGUCAAGAACGCUGAUGCCAUGGGUUUGGUCACAAUUUCUAAGACCGUUAAGGAGUUGGUUGGUCGCGCCAAGGACAACAAAUUGAAACCUGAAGAGUUCCAAGGUGGUACUAUUUGUAUUUCCAACUUAGGUAUGAACCCAGCCUGUAGUAUGUUUUCCUCCAUUAUCAAUCCUCCUCAGUCCACUAUUUUAGCCAUCGGUACCACAAGAAGAGUUGCUGUUGAGGAUGCUUCUGCAGAACAUGGGUUCUCAUUUGAUAGUCAAAUGACAAUUACUGGUACUUUUGAUCAUAGAACUAUUGAUGGUGCUAAAGCUGGUGAAUUUAUGAGAGCUUUGAAGAGAGUUAUUGAAAACCCAUUAGAAUUGUUGUUAUAA